AGUCUACGAUUUACACCCAAAGAGGAUAGUCGACUUUUCAUUUCGUUUCUGUUACGAUUGUGUAUUAGUAGUAGUGUAUGAAGAUAAAACCAAAACCAAAGCAAUUGGAGAUUUAAAGUUUUCUUUUUAAAGAGAAAUAGUGCUAUUCCAGUGAUGCAUACGUUUAGUGAAACCGGUACCGGUGUUCCUGCGUUCCUGGCCAAGCUUUGGAGACUGGUGGAAGAUCCCGAAACGAACGAUUUAAUCUCCUGGAGUACCGAUGGCCGAUCAUUUAUCAUCCAAAAUCAGGCUCAGUUCGCUAAGGAACUGCUGCCGCUUAAUUACAAACACAAUAACAUGGCCAGUUUUAUUCGACAAUUAAACAUGUACGGAUUCCACAAGAUAACGUCUAUAGACAACGGAGGAUUGCGCUUCGAUAAGGAUGAAAUGGAAUUCACGCACGCUUGUUUCCAAAAGGAUCACCCGUACCUGCUGGAGCAUAUCAAGCGUAAAAUUGCAACCUCAAAACAGCAGCCACCGGAGGAUAAAGGAGGGUUGAAGGUUGAAGCCGUUAACCGAGUCUUUACGGAGUUAAAAAAUAUGCGUGGCCGGCAGGAUUCGCUGGACACUCGAUUUUCUGCCAUGAAGCAGGAAAAUGAAGCCUUAUGGCGUGAGGUGGCUAUUUUACGCCAGAAACAUCUCAAACAGCAGCAGAUCGUCAAUAAGCUUAUCCAAUUCUUGGUCACAAUCGUGCAACCAUCACGAAGUGGUCUUAGUUCUAUGGGAAAUGGCAACAAUAAACGUCGGUUCCAGCUUAUGAUCAACGAUGCGCCCCAGUCAAAGGUGAAGAAAACCGAUAACAAUGAAGGUGCUACCAUUCAAGAGUUGGGUGAGGCACUAGAGGAGGUAGCCUACGAGAACGAGCAAGAGUUAAUCGGCCAGGAUAAGAAUGAAAGUGAAAAACCUACGUCUAGUAUAAGUGUGAGGAAACCGCGUAGUUCGAAAGUUUCGAUCAGCGAAUAUGUCAGUGAUAUGUUCAACCCGUUCAUCCAUAACAGGACAUCCGAAGAGCCGGAGGUAACUUCUCCAAGUUCUAUGAAUGAUCAGUCGCCUUACCAUCCAGACAAUGUGGACGACAUUGUCGAGGAGAUUGUUAUCUCACCGACCUACAAACCUCGACAGCGGCCGGUUGGUGUUAAACAGGAGGAACCCGAUUGCUCGGCGAUCCUAUCUGACAGUCUAUUGCAACUCACUGAUGGGAAUGUUGGUGACGGAGAGCAACACGUUGAAUAUGAUAACGAUAAUUACUUAGUGGAUCACGUGGUGGAUGAGAUCGACCCGAACGACAUCCAGCUGUACAACGAUACAGACAUGCUGAACACGCCACUUGUCAUUAAAGAGAUACAAAAACAGCAACAACUGAAGCAGAAGCAAAACGGAUCCCAACAACAAUCAGUACAGCAAAAGUCAAUUGGUAAAGGACAAAGUUUGCUGAAAAUGAAGAAAAAUGGUCUUGCGAAUAAAGUGCAACAGAAAAGUUUGCUAAACGCAAGCCGACCGACACAAACGGAUUCAAACAUGUUAACUCGAAGUGGUAAACGUACGGCCACCAGUGGUAAGCAGAUAAACUUACCGACUGAUGAUACAGGUGCCAUAGCUGGUUCCUCUGGAUCUGUCACAAACGUCACGACAAAUACCGAGUCCUUGCCAUCAUCGCACGUUGGUUAUGGCGUGAAUGAUUUCAUCAUUAAUGAGGUGCCGGUGGACAUUUUUGACGACAGCAGCAACGUGGAAAAGAGCUCUCCCAUGAUCGGUGCAUUCAACUUCGACGGAGGGUUUUAUAAUCCCAACGUUAACAUUAACGAGAUCAAGGAACGACAGCAGCAGUCACAGCAGCAGCAGCAGCAACAACAACAGCAACAGCUGACGGAACCAGCGGAAGUGCUUACACCGAAUACUCUGUUAGCUGACAACGGUAACCAGCCUAAUAAUGACGAAGAGUUACCCAAUGCUGGUGCACUGGCGCGGUUUUCUAGCAACGAGCUUGAUCGGUUGCAAUCACUCUCCGAAUAUGGACAACACAUUGAUGCCGUUCAGACGGAUUUAGAUUCGUUGAAGGACUUACUCAAAGGAGAAGGCUACCAGCUGGAUGCUAACACGUUGCUUGGGACCUCAAGCGGAAACACAGCACAAUAUGGCAGAGUAUUCUUCUCGCCUACGACACCGUCUACAUUCGAUAUCAAUAAGCUUUUUAGCGGCAAUGAAGACAUUAUGGGGUACGAUUUUCCGAUGAACCUUCCGGAUAUGGGCGAAGCACAGCGGAAGGCCGGUGGAGAGAAUAGCAUGGCGGUUGCUGAAACCAGCGGAAGCAGCAACUCGAACGGUCAAAUAUCACCCACUGCGACAAAUGGUUCGUCGAAUCGACUCAUUACAUACAAAGGAGCACCCGGAGGCACCUUAAUGGGUGAAUAUGUAGAUCUGAAUGAACUGCUUAAUUUGGAAGGCGCUGACGAGGAGGAAAAUUCUACUGUAAUUUAAGCACAUACUGAACAACGUUAAAUCUUUUUAGUCAUAGUGUGUUGUUUCGUUUCACAAUUUUGUUAGUUUUUUCUGCUACUAAAUAUCAGUAACCUGUCCUGAUUGGUUGAGUGUGAAUGCAAUUUCACGAUGAAUGGAUGUUUUCUGUUAUAAUGUUGAACGUAUUAUGUCAAUAGUGGAGCAGGCUUGUUACAAUUAAUCACAACAAAUAUAAAGUCCCUUAUACACUUGCAAGUCACAUUUAACAUCACAUCCGAUGUAAGACAAUUUACUGGCCUUUUAAUUUUCAGUGAUCCGCUAAGUACAGGAUAAUUGAAAAUAAAGGGCGAACGAACAAAUAAACAAUUAUGGAUCCACUUGAAUAAUGAAGUUUUUGGCACCUUACAUGAUUUGGAAGAACCAAUCUACGAUACUAUCUUGUUUGAAUACUAUUAUUUAAGUAUCAUAUUGGGUGAUUAGUGGAUCGGAUCUAUUCAUUUAUGAUAUGUAAUCCAACGUAUUUCAUUUUUGUCAGCAUGUCUAUGAAUCAAAAUUUAAGCAUUGAUAUAAAGUUGUACCUGAUUAAUUUGCGCUGAGAGCGAGAAAAAAACACAGAUAUAUUUUCUGGCCUAAUGAUGGACAUAUGUAACGCAUUUAGUUUGUAAACCCGAUGGCCAAAAAAAAAACUACUAAUUGAAUGAAUUUUGAGAACUGCAUUAGAGCGAUUGAUUUGAUUUUAUAUACGAAAAGCGCAAAUUGAGGUAUGAGGAACGUUUUUACGCAUGAUAGGAAACGAAUACAACUAUGGAAUACUCUGUUACUAA